AUGGGUUAUACAUUUUUAACUGUAAAUGAAGAAAAAACAAAUCGAAAUCGUGUUCCUAAAAUAAAACAACAACGUUUUAUUGCUGAUGGAAGUGCCGAUGAUGAAAAUCUUCAAUGGAAAAUUCCUAUUAAUGAUUGGAUUAAAUUAAAUUUUAAUUCAAUUGGUCUUUAUCGUGUUAAAUAUGAAUUACAAACAUUGGCACGUCUUAAUGAACAAAUUGCUUACCAAACAAUAAGUCCACAAGAUCGUCUUAUGAUACAAAAUGAUGUUGCUGCAUUAUGUAACGUUGGUCAUCAGUCAUUUUUUGAUUAUCUUAAACUUUUAUCAUCAUAUACAGAUGAAGAUAACUUCACUUUAUUUUCAUCAAUGCAAAACAAACUUGCUAUAAUUGAUGGAUCAAAAAAACGUUUUGCACGUCAUAUUGCUGGAGAUUUAAUUGAUCCAAAUAUUCGUGGAGCUGUUUAUAUUAUUGUUUCAUGUUAUGGAGAUGAAAAUACUCAAAAAGAACUUCGUCAAUUAUAUGUUGCUGUAAAUAUGACUGAAGAAAAAGUACGAUUACUUUGUGCAAUAGGUCAAUCAAUGAAACCAGAAAUUAUUGAGAAUACAUUAAAAUUUGUAUUCGAAGGAGAUAAUGUUCAAAUACAAGAUUCAAUAUCAGGUUUCGUUGGUUGUACAUCAUGUCGUGAUGGACGAGAUUUAGUUUGGAAAUUUUUACAAAAAAAUUGGAAAACACUUGUUGAACACUUUGGUGACAAGAGUAAUUUUCUUAUUUUUUUUGUUGAGAAUGGUUUAUCCGAUUUUGCUGAUGAAAAAGCCGCAAAUGAAAUAAAGGCAUUCUUUGCUACAAUGGAUACACCAAUCGUUGCACGACCAGUCAAAAAAGUCCUCGAAACAAUUCAUAUGCGUUCUGAAGUACUAAAACGUGAUUUAAAAGCCAUAGAAAAAUAUUUAAAACAAUAG